CAAUUCUCUUUCUUCUUCUAUUUUCGCUAUCCUCUUCCUUACGAGCCCUCACGGCUUAGAGAUCCAGAAACCAAAAAUCUAACUGUGAGGGAUUUUUUUCAAUCUUUGCUUCUCAGCUGUCAUUUCUAGGUUUUUUUCUGAUGGCGUCUAAGCGGAUCUUGAAGGAGCUCAAGGACUUGCAGAAGGAUCCUCCCACGUCUUGCAGUGCUGGUCCUGUAGCUGAAGACAUGUUUCAUUGGCAAGCAACCAUAAUGGGACCUCCAGAUAGUCCCUAUGCUGGUGGUGUCUUCCUUGUCACCAUUCACUUCCCUCCAGACUACCCAUUUAAGCCUCCCAAGGUAGCGUUCAGAACAAAGGUAUUCCAUCCAAAUAUAAACAGCAAUGGAAGCAUUUGCCUGGACAUAUUGAAAGAACAGUGGAGCCCUGCCCUAACCAUUUCUAAGGUGUUGCUCUCAAUCUGUUCUUUGUUAACGGAUCCUAACCCCGAUGAUCCGUUGGUGCCGGAGAUUGCUCACAUGUACAAGACAGACAGGAACAAGUAUGAAACCACUGCAAGGAGCUGGACCCAGAAGUAUGCCAUGGGGUAGGUAAGAUAGUAUCCCAAUCCCCCAUACCCCUUGUAAGUUGGGAGGAAUCUAUUGUCAUUUUAUAUGCCUGGCAAAUUUGUAUGCAAUUGUAAUUCUGUUUCAAUCCCUCUGAAAAAGAAAUGCACCAAAUAUUUGGUGCAACAAUAGCUUUGUGAAAGAAGAAGGUAAAAGCAUGUUUUUCCCUUGUUAUGCAUGGAUAAUGUGAGCUCUGUUUAGGGUUUUGGAUGAAUGUAAUCGUGCUCCUUGAACAUCUCUCCCUUGUUUUCUGAUCUGUUCUAUUAGGGAUUGGAACCCC